UACACAUUUUUAAUCCUUAAAACAGUUAAACAGCUCACUCUCUCACUCUUUAUUCCCCUUUGGCCAAGCACUGCACAUUCCAUCAAUGGAAGACCUAAUCGUAUCAUCUUCUUCAUCUUCCUCAAUGCUUUCUUCCUCUCAAGAAAACCCAGCAACAACCCUGCAACAAAAACUCCAGUACAUACUCCAAACCCAGCCACAACACUGGGCUUACGCUAUUUUCUGGCAAACAUCCAAGGACGAUAAUGGACGUAUCUUCUUGGUUUGGGGCGAUGGCCAUUUUCAAGGGAUUACUAAACAUAAAGUGCACAAAUCGGGUUCUCAUCCUCAGAGGAAGAAAGUGAUGAGAGGAAUCCAGGCUUUGAUUGGUGAAAAUCCUGAUGGUUAUGGCCCUGUAGAUGGUGAUGUGACUGAUAUGGAGUGGUACUAUGUUAUGUCACUUGCACAAUCUUUUUCUCUUGGAGAUGGGGUUCCAGGAAAGGCCUUCAGCUCGGGAUCUUUGGUUUGGUUGAGUGGGGAGAAUCAACUGAGGUUUUAUAACUGUGAAAGAGCUAAAGAAGCUCAGACCCAUGGAAUGCAAACUAUGGUUUGUAUUCCUACUACAAAUGGGGUUCUUGAGCUGGGAUCUGAUGAUAUGAUCACAGAAAACUGGAACCUCGUUCAACAGGUCAAGGUAAUUUUUGAUUCGUCAGGGAUUAAUGGAUCCGCGGGGCAGAUAAUUUCAUUUUCUGAUAUUGGUGUUGUUACUGGUUUUCAAGAAGAGGAAGCAAAGGCCAAGAAAGGUGAAGGAUUUGCUGUACUUUCGUCGUAUCUCGAUUCAGAUCAUUCGGAUUCCGAUUGUCAGUUUUUUCUUGAGACUCCUGUGGAGAAGAAAGCUCCAAAGAAGAGAGGAAGAAAGCCUAGUCUUGGCCGUGACACUCCUUUGAACCACGUCGAGGCAGAGCGGCAACGUAGGGAGAAGCUCAACCACCGUUUUUACGCGCUCCGGUCGGUCGUCCCGAAUGUGUCGAGAAUGGACAAGGCAUCCUUGUUAUCAGAUGCCGUAUCCUACAUUAAAGAACUGAAGAGCAAAGUUGAAGAAAUGGAAGCAGAACUCCAGAAAAAUCCCAAGAAAAUAAAGAUUGAAUCAGUUGACACUUUGCAGGAUAAUCAAAGUACAACAACUUCUGUGGAUCAAAUUAAGCCUAAUUCAUCAUCAUUAUCUUCGUUUGGGGUACCACAAGAAAUUGAAGUGAAGAUCGUUGGGCUUGAUGGGAUGAUCAGAUUCCAAUCAAAUAAUGCAAAUUAUCCUGCAGCUAGGCUAAUGAAUGCGAUUCGAGACCUCGAGUUACAAGUUCACCAUGCUAGCAUGUCCAGUGUUAAUGAUCUGAUGCUUCAAGAUAUUAUUGUUAAGGUUCCUAAUGGAUUGAGAAGUGAGGAUGCAUUAAAAUCUGCUCUUCUUACAAUAUUAGAGCAGUAAACCCUUGUAGUUUAUUUAGUACUUAUUCGUUACCUCCUACGUUUGUUCAAACUAGUUAGCUUUUCAGUCCAGUGUUUCUUCAGCCUUAUUAAUAAAAAGCUGCUGCAAAAAUAUUGUUGAUAA